CUGGCUGGGCCCUGGGAGCCGGAGGGACUGAGCCCGGGAGCCAGCGGAGCGGUCGUCGUCGCCCGCGCCGAGCCGCGCCGCCCGCCCGCCCGCGCUCCAGUCCGCCGUGUCUAGCAGCGGGGCCCAGCAUGGUCAUGGCGGAUGGCCCGAGGCACUUGCAGCGCGGGCCGGUCCGGGUGGGGUUCUACGACAUCGAGGGCACCCUGGGCAAGGGCAACUUCGCCGUGGUGAAGCUGGGGCGGCACCGGAUCACCAAGACGGAGGUGGCGAUAAAAAUCAUAGAUAAAUCUCAGCUGGAUGCAGUGAACCUUGAGAAAAUCUACCGAGAAGUACAAAUAAUGAAGUUGUUAGACCAUCCUCAUAUAAUCAAACUUUACCAGGUAAUGGAGACCAAAAGUAUGCUGUAUCUUGUGACAGAAUAUGCCAAAAAUGGAGAAAUUUUUGACUAUCUCGCUAAUCAUGGCCGGUUAAAUGAGUCAGAGGCCAGGCGAAAAUUCUGGCAAAUCCUUUCAGCUGUUGAUUAUUGUCAUGGUCGGAAGGUUGUGCACCGCGACCUCAAGGCUGAAAAUCUCCUGCUGGAUAACAACAUGAACAUCAAAAUAGCAGAUUUCGGUUUUGGAAACUUCUUUAAAACUGGCGAGCUGCUGGCGACUUGGUGUGGCAGCCCUCCCUACGCGGCCCCCGAAGUCUUCGAAGGGCAGCAGUACGAAGGACCACAGCUGGAUAUUUGGAGCAUGGGAGUUGUUCUUUAUGUCCUCGUUUGUGGAGCCCUGCCUUUUGAUGGACCAACUCUUCCGAUCUUGAGGCAGAGAGUUCUGGAAGGAAGAUUCCGGAUUCCGUAUUUCAUGUCAGAAGACUGUGAGCAUCUUAUUCGAAGGAUGUUGGUCCUUGACCCAUCUAAGCGGCUAACCAUAGCUCAAAUCAAGGAGCACAAGUGGAUGCUGGUGGAAGUUCCCGUACAGAGACCCAUUCUCUAUCCUCAAGGGCAGGAAAAUGAGCCAUCCAUCGGGGAAUUUAAUGAGCAAGUUCUGCGAUUGAUGCAUAGCCUCGGAAUCGACCAGCAGAAAACCAUUGAGUCUUUGGAGAACAAGAGCUAUAACCACUUUGCUGCCAUUUAUUUCUUGUUGGUGGAACGCCUGAAAUCACAUAGGAGCAGUUUUCCUGUGGAGCAGAGGCUUGAUGCCCGCCAGCGUCGGCCUAGCACCAUCGCUGAGCAAACAGUUGCCAAGGCACAAACCGUGGGGCUCCCAGUGACCAUGCACUCACCCAACCUGCGACUGAUGCGAUCGGCCCUCGUCCCACAGGCACCCAAUGUGGAGGCCUUUUCGUUCCCAGCCCCCGGCUGCCAGGCGGAAGCAGCCUUUAUGGAAGAAGAGAGUGUGGACACUCCAAAGGUCAAUGGCUGUCUCCUGGACCCGGUGCCUCCUGUCCUGGUACGGAAGGGCUGCCAGUCACUGCCCAGCAACAUGAUGGAGACGUCCAUUGACGAAGGCCUGGAGACUGAAGGCGAGGCGGAGGAAGACCCGAGCCAGGCCUUUGACGCCUUCCAGUCCACACGCAGCGGGCAGAGGCGGCACACUCUGUCCGAAGUGACCAAUCAGCUGGUUGUGCUGCCUGGCUCAGGGAAAAUGUUCUCCAUGAGUGACAACCCCUCCCUGGACAGCGUGGACUCGGAGUAUGAGAUGGGCUCCAUUCAGAGGGACCUGAACUUCCUGGAGGACAACCCUUCCCUGAAGGACAUCAUGCUGGCCAAUCAGCCGUCGCCCCGCAUGACGUCUCCUUUCAUAAGCCUGAGACCUGCCAACCCAGCCAUGCAGGCUCUGAGCGCCCAGAAACGGGAGGCCCACAAUAGGUCCCCAGUGAGCUUCCGAGAAGGCCGCAGGGCAUCAGACACCUCCCUUACCCAAGGCAUCGUCGCCUUUAGACAGCACCUUCAGAAUCUGGCGCGAACCAAAGGCAUCCUGGAGCUAAACAAAGUGCAGUUGCUCUACGAGCACAUAGGCUCAGAGGCUGACCCCAGCGUGGCGCCAGCCGCACCGCAGCUCCAGGACCUUCCUAGCAGCUGCCCCCAGGAGGAAGUUUCUCCGCAGCAGAAGAGCGUGGCGGCUCUCCCCGGUGCCGUGCGCCCGCAGCGCCCCCAGCGGCCGGGCCUGGAAGCGCAGUACCUGCAGCACCGUCUCCAGAAGCCAGGGCUUCUGUCCAAAGCCCAGAAUACCUGUCAGCUUUAUUGUAAAGAACCUCCCCGGAGCCUUGAACAGCAGCUGCAGGAGCACAGACUUCAGCAGAAGCGGCUCUUCUUGCAGAAGCAGUCCCAGCUGCAGGCUUACUUUAACCAGAUGCAGAUAGCAGAGAGCUCCUACCCACAGCCCAGCCAGCAGCUGCCCCUGGCCCACCCGGAGACGCCGCCGCCGUCGCAGCCACCGCCCUUCGCCCUCACCCAGCCCCUGAGCCCCGUGCUGGAGCCCUCGUCGGAGCAAAUGCAGUUCAGCCCGUUCCUCAGCCAGUACCAGGAGAUGCAGCUGCCACCCCUGCCCUCCUCGCCUGGGCCCCGGGCCCCCACUGCGCUCCCCACACACUUGCAGCCACCGCCACCGCCACCUCCACCGCCUCCACAGCCACAGCCGUCAGGAGCUGCCUCCGCGCCCUUACAGUUUCCCUACCAGACUUGUGAGCUGCCACGGGCUGCGGCCUCUGAGCCGGACUAUCCCGCGCCCUGUCAGUACCCCAUGGACGAGGCCGCGCAGAGCAGCAUGGGGCCACCCGAGGAUCCCCAGAGCUCAGGACUGCAGGAAGCCCCCUCCACCUACGACCCUCUCGCCCUGUCGGAGUUCCCUGGACUCUUUGAUUGUGAGAUGCUGGAGGCUGUGGACCCCCAGCACAACGGCUAUGUUCUGGUGAAUUAGUCUCAGCGUGGGAGCAAGGCAGCUCAACUGAAGGAAGAGUGUGUCUUUCUAUUUUCAGUCCAGCCUUUUAAAUUCGCUCAUUUUUCUGCCUUCUCCCUAAUGGGGAAAAAAAUCAAGUUGCCCAACUGGAAUCAGAGAGCCUGGCUGGGUAGAUGUCAUUCCUUCCUGGCUCUGCCCCCCCAGUUUUCCGUAGUAAGUGCUGGAACAUAGUUGUUAAGCUGAAGCUCGUGCUCUCUUGGUCCUGGGAGGAAACUCCCAGGAGGCACCCACAGAUGUGCUUGAAGGUGGCACCCGGACCCAGGCCGUGUGCUGAGCUGCCCCAGUCCACUACCAAGGGGGACUCUUGAUGGUUGUGGGAGAAAUAAUUAGGUCAUGAUCUGUGGGCAGAACCCAGAGGGCAGCGCAUUUUCCACUGAGGCCAAGAAACGGCGUGUCGCGUACAGGAAAUCAUGAGUACCUUUGGUGAAAUCGGAAUCACGGGAGGCAAAGGUGUCCUUUGUCACUGAAUCCUGAGUUCUAAGCUGCUGAUGCACAUUCUCCCCGUGCCCAUGGCACAGCAGGAGAGCACGAGCUCUGCUGGGGGUGGGGGUGGAGGGGCUGCUAAGUAACAGCUGGUACUGAUCCCUGAGACUGGCAGCAGGCAACACACCUCUCCAGAAGGUGCCCUGGCCCCCCGCGUCGACGUGUACUCAGGGCUGCGAAGAUGUUGCCUGCAGAAGUGACCGUGGGCCGGGUGACACAGGCUCUUCCUGUGGCCUUCGGGGGAGGCUCCGGUUUAGGCAGUCGGGCUCCAGAGGACCGGCUCUCACCGUGGAAUAGUUACUUUGACUUUAUACUCUAUGUUGCUAGUAGUUUAUUGAGCUUUGUAUAUUUGGACAGUUUGACAUAGGGCUUAGAAACUUUAAGGACAAGAAAAAUGAACUUUUAUCUCCCAUGUGAAGUGGUAGUGCCGUGCCUUUUCUCCCCAGAUCAUGCUUUAAUUCUUUCUUUUCUGUAGAAACACUUUUCCAUUUAUGUCAAUGCUAAAUCCAAAGUCACUUCAGAGUUUGUUUUCCACCAUGUGGGAAUUGCAUUCUUAAUUUCCUUAAUAUUUUGAUUUGUAAUGAAAUGUUCAAGUAUUACAGCAAUAUUCAAAAAGCCACAGAUGUGUUAACCAUUUAAGCAGAUUAUCUGCCAAAUGUGUGAUAGGACUAGUAAAGCGUAACCUCCACCCUUAACAAGUCAUUCCUCCAAGUAAGUUAAAAAAUAGAUGCUACAGCUAGUUAACCUAGGAGUAAGGAAUAAACUGUCAUUUGAACAGUGACAUACAAGUGUUACAAAUCCCAGUAUUACUCAGAAAAACUCGUCCUUUCUGUCCUUUUGAGUAGCUUGUCCAAACAGCAGAUGAAUGCAUUAAGCACAAAGCCUCUUCCUUGAAGCACAGAGAAGAGAGGCACACAUCGAUGCUGCAUCUAGAAACACCUUUAGUUGCCUUUCCUCUUUGUAGUAAGUGUCCAGGCAGGUGAGGAAAGCAUGGAGGGUCCGAGGAGUCCCAGCCUGGCCCCUGCAUGGCUUCUGGUGGGGUGUCCUCUGGAUGUCAGCGGAGAAGGGUGGUAUGGACAACUGUCAGCUUUGGGGUCUUAAGCAGCACAGUGGAAAUCCAGAACGAGUCUCCCUUCUGUGGGUUGCUUGUUCCUUCCUCGUGCUUGUGAUUGAUUGAUAGUUCUGUCAGGUAGAUGACAUUUCAUUGAAGAAUUUCAACCUCUAACCUGUUUUAGGUCUGUGUGAAAUAAGCCAGUUAGAAAGCAGGGCUGGUUUAGGCUGACAGAAUAUGUGUCCCAAAACUUAACUACAAAUGUGCUAUAAUAUUUAUGAAGUGAAGAAACCUUCUGGAUUGAAAAUGGGGCGCUCAGUUCUUAGCAAGUCCCAGGAAGGGCACCACUACCAAUUAUUAGACAGGGAAUGAUGCCUGCUCCCUCCCUCCACCUCGCACCCACAGUAAAGCCACCAGCCAGGUAGCCUCCCUGAAGCUCAGGCAAGGCUUACAAAGGAAGGGUCCAGAACCCAAGACAAGAAUGAGGAGGUGCCCACGUGAGGGCAAAGACCCAACUGCUCAGCCUGUGUUUAAGCUCCAGUCGGAAAUCAGUAAAUUCCACAAGCGUAUGCGUUGAGCGACAUUGAGCUGGUGAGAGGAGACUGGUUCUGUGGGUCAGUGAAGGUGUUUUUCUCAACAGUCUUGUCAGUUCUGUUGCUGUCCCCUAACUAAAUGACCCGUGGAAGCUUCCAAGCAGUUUUCUCUUCACAAAUACUAGAGUAACACUAAGGAGGAUGAGAACCACUCUGUAGGAGAGGCGACUUUGGAAUAAUGACUUUUCUUUCCCGUCUGUUUCACAUUAGCAGUGUACACUACUGUAUAAUAAUCAUUAGCUUUAUUAUCUUGUAAACCAGGCUCCUCUGAAGAGACUUUGGUGAGAUGAACGUAAGGUAAAAAUUUUCAUUCGACAAAAAGUGCAAUAUGUGUGGUACUUUAUUUUUUAUGUUCUCUCUCUCUCUCUCUCUCUCUCUCUCUCUCUCUCUCUCUAUCUAUCUAUCUCUCUCUCUCUUUUAUCCCAGGGUUAUUAGUCUUUGCUUUAUGGGAAAAAAAAAUGCACUAGUUCUGUGAUUUCCAGUUGGGCAAGUGUGUCUUUAGUAUUUACAUAAAACUGGUAUGCAGGGCCCUGAAAGGCAAAUAGAGUGUUAACACACCAGAAAAUUAGUGUUCCCGCCCGGAUUCUUGGUGAGCGAUUCUACCCCUCACCACCACUGCCCCUCCCUGGCCUGCAUGUCCCCAGUUACCUUGGGAGCAGAGAAGAUUCUCUGCAUCAGUGUCCUCCAGUAGCCAGUUAAUGGGAAAUAUCUGGGCCCAACUGAGGCUGCCCAAGAUGGAACGAAAAGAGCUCCUGGGUCAGAGAUAGCAGAACCCUCUUCAUUCCGUAUUCUGCCUCCAGAGAGGUGGAGAGAGCACAGCCCUUUCUCCCUCAGAAAUCAGCGGCUCCAAGAUUAUAAGCAGGCACCGUGGCAGGACCGGCAGGGGCAUGGGUGGGCCAAGGUCAGGGGGCCGGGACCACACAGCAAAGGGGUAGCACUUGUAGGAACGUCCUUCUUACCCACACAGGCCUCCACAGAAGGGACUCAGGACCACUGGCUGCCACGAACCAACCCCCCCCCCCCCCCGCACACACACUGUCAUUAGUACCCAGAAAGUGGGGGCUAGAAAAGUGCGAAACGGGGAGAGUUAGGCCAAGCUAGAGCUGGCAGGGUAGGGAGAGCCGCAGCACCAGUGCAGGCGGGGAGAGGCACUUCCUUUGGGGGUCCUCCAGCAUUUCAUCAGUCCUGGGGUACUUCUGGAUCCGGGCCUAUACUGGGGUCAGGUUUUCUGUUCUUGAUGACAUUAUUCUUCUGUUUUCCACUGGUGUUUAAAAAGAUAAUAAAAUGUAUGCUCCAGAUAACCUUCACCGGGUCCCCUCCUCCGGGGACCUCACACAGUGCCCUAUGGCAACACGGUGGCCCCUGUGAAGGCUGGCAGUUCCCUAAGCCCGCUGACCUUGGCUGCUUCCGUGCCCCUAAGCUGGGCUGCCACUACCGCCUCUUUGGAUCCCAUCUGAACUGCACGGUCCCUUUGUGCCUAGACACCAAAGGUUAAAACUGGAGAGGAGGGAGUACGUUGGAGUCGUUGGAUAGCGAUCUCCAACCGUCCUGUGGCUUCUGGAAAUUCAUCUUCCAGAAUUGACACAACUGUUCUUCCUCGUGAUGUGUGGAAGACAGGAGCAGAUUCUGCCUGUUUUUGAGCAGGACAGAAAGUGUCUUAAAUGUACACGUUCCUCAGUGUCAGGGCUGCCCCUCCUGGGCCAUUGCCCCAGGGUGUGACUGACUCAGAGCUUCAAUACUGGGGCUGCUCCCCAGGCCCGGAGGGCCCCUCACCUAGUGCUCCCCACUUCCCAGUCAAGGUGGCUGAGCUGGUUCCUAAAGACAUAGCCGCCCUCAUUGCACCAGCUUCUCCUGUCCACACGUCAGCGGGGCGUUGCAACACACUUGGCAGAUCCGGGCUCUGCCUCGAUUGAGAAAGAGCAGCGGAGCCUGGACUCAGCCCGCCUCAGUCCUGAUGGUUCUGACCCUGCCCGGCAGCUCGCUGGCCCGCGAGGAGCUGGCCAUGAAUUGUGGACAGGCCUUGACCACGCACUUUCACACCCAGUCUUGCCCCGGCCUCCCAGUUCUUUGAAAUCCGUCGGGCAGGCGCACUUCUCGGUGUUGCCCCUCGAGGAAGCCAGCACACCCGGGCGAGGGGGGCUAGUGUGGGGCUCCCCGGCACAGCAUUUUGGCCUCUCACUCUGCGCCCUUUCACCCUAUCAGUAGCAGUUGACUAGAGCCAACAGCUGUCUAAACAAAGCCCCCGUCGUAGCUGAGCACUGGGUGACAGUGACCUUGUCCCACAGUGCGUUCCCUGCUGGACAGCUGCCUGCCUUCGGGGGAGAGGUGCCCUCCAGGUGGCAGCCGCAGCUGUGCAGGUGGUCCUGCACGAACAGGGCUGAGGUAGGCACCCCUAGAUCAGCUGUCCUCCCUAGGGCGUGUGAGUUCACACUCGGGUGUCCAGUUCUCCCAGUACCGUGGUGGAAUUUCCCACAGAAGUAUGUGAUCGGGGCCACGUAGGGGCCUCGGUCACCCCCUCAGGACCUUAAACUCAACCUGAAGGAAGGGGCUUGCUCUGAAGAAGCUUGCACUGCAGCCUGGCCCCGGUGGCAGUAACUUGCCUUUGCAGUUAAAGGCCUGUCAAGUCCCAAGCACUGAUGAGACUCGGUCAAAAAAUAAUAAUAAUAAUAAUAAUAAUAACAUACUUCAAAUACUUUGUCUUUUCAGAGGCAAAAUGGGUGGGUCGAGGGGAGCUUUAAAAAUAGAAGUACAACAUAACAUCCUGGAAAACUCUGACCCCAGAUUGGAACACUCUUACGUUAGCAAACACUGGUGAGUGGGCCUGCCGCGGGCUGUGUGAUAGCUAUCUGCGGGAGGUUGGCUCCGUCAAGGAAAUUCAAGUGAGGAUCCCUUCCCGUUACUGACCGUCAAGAACCCACCUCCACCAGUCUCUUCUGAGAAUGAGGCAGAAAAGGAUGCUGGCUGCUCUCUGGGGACUACAGUUUAAGAAAUCACAGCGAGUGAGCUAUUUGCACUUUGUAGAAAGGGCAAGAUUAUUUGCUUUUUUCUGAAGGGAAUGGGGGUGGUCUUUGCUGGAUGUUUGGUUUGUGAAAGUUACUUCUGAUAAAGUUAACCUGAUUGUGGUUCUCUCUCUCUCUCUCUCUCUCUCUCUCUCUCUCUCUCUCUCUCUCUCUCUCUCUCUCUCUCUCUCUCUCUCUCUCUCUCUCUCUCUCUCUCUCUCUCUCUCUCUCUCUCCUGUGUGCUUUUUAUUUUUUUUUCAUUGCUGAAAGAAAUCGAUGAGUUCACUAGCUUUGGUAUUUUGAGUAAAAUCAUAAUAGCUCCAAUGUGGAAAAAAAAAAUCGACACAUAACCUGUCACUUGAUGUUAGGAAAUUGCCUAAAAUGCAGUUUAAUAAAUCAUCUUUGUAUCAAACAGUAAUUUAAAUGGGGUAAAUUUUUGCAAGGAAAAAAAAUGUACUGUUUUUAUGUUUUCAAUCUUCUUGAAUUCAAAUAAAAACUUGUUUUCUAAGA